AUGAAAACCAAAUAUUCGUUGUUCUGGCUUCUACCUCUAUUACGUGUGAUUAAGGCACAGGAUAUUUUAGGUGUUGCACCUGAGGAUUAUCAAAUAUAUAAAACAGGAAAGGAUGGAAAAUGGGCCUGUUUAUCGGAUAGUAAUAUUCAAAUUGAUUUUAGUCAAAUAAAUGAUGGUAUCUGUGAUUGUCCUGAUGGAUCUGAUGAACCCGGUACGGCGGCUUGUCCAGAUACCCUUGAAUCUAGGUUAUUUUACUGUCGAAAUGAAGGUUUUAAACCGAGGUAUAUAAGAGGUUCAUUAGUUGGUGAUGGUGUAUGUGAUUGUUGUGAUUGUUCAGAUGAGAAAUUGCCUAGAUCAGAAGGUAAUACAUGUAGGGAACUUUCUCAAGUAUUCGAUAGAAUUAGUGAAACAGAAUUAAAGGGUUAUAAGGAUGGUCAAAAAAAAUUCUAUGAAUUAUUGAAAAAAUUUAAGGUUUCUAAUCCUUUAGAUGAUGAAAAUAAAAAAAAUAAUGAACCAGAAACUGAGAAACAAAUGAUAGAGACAGAUAUUCAAAGUUUAAAUGAUGAAUUAGAAGACAUUAAAAGUUUAUUGAAGAGCAAUAAGGACUCCUUUUUUGAAAGACUUGAAAAUGAUAACCCAUUGUUACUAAAUUUUGAAAAAAUUGAUUUAAAUUAUUUGACUAAUGAAAUUAAAGAAAUAUAUUCAGCUAUUGAAUCCACAAGUAGAGCAUAUCAAGCUCUGAUUAAAAUCUUAAAAGAUUUAUCUUUCUCUUACACUGAGUCACUAAACGAUCGUGUAGUUAAUGAUAAUAUGGAUGAAUUCGAUAAAUUAAUGCGUCGUCCAGAGAUGUCCAAGGUCAUUGCUGAUCCAGAGACUGAUUUGGAACAACUUGAACAAUUAUUACAAUAUUUUGAUGAAGAGUUACCUACAAUUUUUUGGGAAAGAGAAUCAGAAUUUCCAUCAGAUUAUGUCGUCAAGAAAUCUAAGUUUGUUAUGGCAAUGGUUGAUGGGAAAGCAAAUUAUAUGGAAACUUUAAGAGGUUAUAUUAGAGAGUUUUCUACCUUAAUGAAUGAUAUAUCUCAGAACUACAACGUUAACUUCCAGGAUGUUGGUACAUUGACCGCAGUUGAUGCGUAUAAGAAUUAUCUUUCCAGAUAUACAGAUUUGGGUAAUGCUGAGAAAUAUGAGUUACCAUCUAAAUUCGUUAAAGAGUAUAAUCAUCUAGUUGAUGUAAUUGAAGAGGAUGUUCCAAGAUUAUUAAUGGAUGCUGAAGAGGAUAAUGAGGAAGGUGGCUUUCAUCAUCAAGAAAAAGGAAGUUAUUUGAAUAAUGGACGUUAUAAUAAUGAAAAUUCUCCUUAUGGUACUUUGAGUACAGACUUAGAAUCUCUGAAAGAACAAAUUGAAGUGUAUCAAGUUAGAAUCGCAGAGAUUGAAUCCUCUAUAAGAGAAAGAAAAGCCGAGCAUGGCAUUUUGAUGAAGAUGUUAGAACAGGAGGAUCUUUCAGCUAAGGAGACAGGUCUAAGUAAAGUAGAUCAAGCAAUGUUGAGGCAGAUUACAGAAUUAGUAGAAAAGAUGGAUGAGGAAAGUGGUACUAUUACCGAGGUCCUCGAUAAUUACAAGUAUUAUAUUAAUUUAAACCCAUUGACACCAGGUGCCGUUCACCAAUUUGAGGAUAAACCAAAUGGUAAUGCUGUUAAUAUUGGUACCCUAAAUCAAAUAUAUUUGGAUCAUGAUAUUAAUUUAGCGAAAUUCGCUGAUCAUAUUAAACUUGAAUAUGGUGAUGAUGAUAUCGUUUCCCAUCUUUAUAGUGACAAUGAAACUGUUGGAAAGAGAACAUAUCUUUUUGAUGAUUUGGAUAAGAUUAAUAACGGUUUAGUGUUUGAAUAUGUCAAUGGUGAUAAGUGUUGGAAUGGUCCUCAAAGAUCUGCUAAGGUAUUUAUGAAAUGUUCGGAAACAUUCGCCAUUGAAAAAGUUUAUGAGAUGACCAAAUGUAGCUACAUGAUUGAUGCCAGUGGACCUCUAGGUUGUAACUUACAAUUUCCACUUUCUUCAUAA